GGCUCCCUAUCAGUGUCUAGUUUGGCAACACGGAUACGCAUGGAGCCUCCAUCACCUCCAGUCUCUUUUACGCACCGAGUCCGAUGAUGCGCGCAGGUACGGGGACCCUGAACGCCACAUUUCCAGCCUCUGCACACCGCAUUUGACUUCCUCUCAUGGACUAAUAUGAAAGAAGUGGAUGUAGAGGUGUGACACAGCCAAGGAAGGAGGCAUUUUUUCUCUCUCUCUCUUGUGUGUGUGUGGAUCGUUCUUGUGUUUCCAGCACCGAGCGUCAGCAUGGAUGUCUUAGCGAACCACAGUAUCUUUCAGGAACUUCAGCUCGUGCACGACACCGGCUACUUCUCCGCCAUGCCUUCCCUGGAGGAAAACUGGCAGCAGACCUGCCUAGAACUGGAGCGCUAUCUGCAGACGGAGCCCAAGCGUCUCUCAGAGCUCUUCGACCAAGACCUGGACGGCCUUUUAACUCCGGCCUACCUGAAGGAGGACGGCGAGGAGGAGCUGUCAGACGAACUUCUCCCCAGCCUUCCUAUCCACACUGAACCCCCGAGCCCACCUCCGGUGAUCCUCUGCCCAACACGCAAGAGUUUCCCCUCCACCCCUUCGAUGAAAAGAGACCUCAAACCCAAGCUGGAGCACGCAGAAGGAGUGGAAGGCGUCCACCAAGCCCAGCUGAGCGCCGUCACAUCCCUGACACCGCCGUCGUCGCCAGAACUGGGCCGGCAUCUCGUCAAACCCAACCAGACACUGACGGCAUCAGCUGACGGGACGCUAACCCUGAAGCUGGUGGCAAGGAAGGUGGGGCUCAGCGCGGCACGAUUGGUGGCGGCACAUGCGCUCCCUGUCCGGAUGAAGGACGAAGAGGAAGGGGCGGCUUGCGUUAUCGGGGUGGGGGAGCUACCGGAGAACAAGAAGAGGAUUCACCGCUGUCAAUUCAACGGGUGCAGGAAGGUGUACACCAAGAGCUCCCACCUAAAGGCCCAUCAGAGGACACACACAGGUGAGAAGCCGUACAAGUGCUCGUGGGAGGGCUGCGAGUGGCGAUUCGCCCGGAGCGACGAGCUGACGAGGCACUACCGCAAACACACCGGCGCCAAGCCUUUUAAGUGCAACCACUGUGACAGGUGUUUCUCGCGGUCGGAUCACUUGGCGCUACACAUGAAGAGGCACAUCUGAGGGAUUUGAGAGAGGUCAGCGGGAGUGGAAGAGAGGGGAAGGAGGAUGGAGGAGGAUGGAGUGGAAGGAGAGGGGAGCAUCAUCUGCAGAAAAAUAACACCAUGGAUCUAAGAGAGAGAGAGAGAGAGGCUGGGGGAAGGACUCGACAACACAACAGAUUUCUGGACUUGAGAAGGAGGCGCCACUCAGGGACGCUGACUACAGGCGGAUAGACGAGUCCAAAACGGCUCUGUCAAUCUGUGCUCGAGCAGUUGGUCCAUGAUUCCACGGUGACACGCCGCCACCUCACAAGCGUUGACACGUGGACAAUACAGAUGCUCCAUCCCACCCUUUCAUAUGUGUCACAGAGGGGCUGUCACGCGAUGGAUGCUGGACCACGUGCCUGUAGUUGGCAGUCCAUUGCUGUAGUUGUCACUUCAGUCUCUGGAACGCCUCCAAAAUGUCAAACCUGUUUCGUUCAGCGGCACUCAAAAACAAAGUACCAGCAAGCUCACCAACGCCACAAUGGACCACUUGUGAAGCAGUUUUCGUGCACCAAGAGAGGAACAGGUGUUUGUAUAUUUACCUCGAGCUGAGGAGGACAGAUCGUCUCAAACUGUAGCUUAACAGCAUUGUCUACCAGGGUGUGGAGGGGAGAAAGAUGGCUUCCUCCUGUUGGGAUUCGACAAAGGGUUUACCAUCACACACUGGAUGGGCAAUACUUUGAUAAUUUUUCAUCUGACCCUGUCAGAUCUAUCAACAGGACCCAUUUAUAAACCCUCUGAUUCGAUUGCACUGGAGGACUUGCCUGAACAGAGAAGUUGAUUGGAUUUCCAAGACUUGAAGAUGGGAGUGUGUUGCUCUGAUGUUUUGUGAAGACUGAUUGAGGUCAUCUGGAGGACUGACUUGCUUUAUGAACAUCAUCCAUUGAGGGUCACCGCUGGAUGAGGCUAACUAAUCUACUCUGGGGAAGACUGUUCAUCUCCCAGAAUGUCAGCUGAAACCCAGCAUCCCAAGAGAUGCUAGAUGGCUCCUCAGAGUGUUUCCUCCUCUCCUGGAUCUCUGCUGUUAAGACAUGUUGUCAGGAACUGUUGCACAAUUGACUCUUUGCAAACUUUUUGUAAAAAUGCCCCUUUUGUCUUGAACUGGGAGACAACCGGGGACUCACCAAACGUUGGCUAUCACACGCCAUAUAAGUGUGGGUGGCCACAUGCACAAGUCGAAGCAGCGAGCUGACUGCGAUAGCACACCGAACGCAAACAAGAUCACUAUGUAUGAUAAAGGCUAUAUCGUUUCUAAGAGAAGAUUCUCAUAUUUGUUCAAACAGACGAUUGAGAGGACCGUUUUGAAGAACACAUUGGAAAUAGAUGCAGCCAAAAAAAACACAAGUGUCUACUGUGGAAGCCUGAAAUGAUCUCUUCGGCCUUUGAGAGUGAUUGGCGACCAACGAGCCACUGGGUCGAGGAGGGUUUUGUCCCGUUCACACCAACCAUGCAGAUCUCUUCCAGACUUAAUCUCAGAGAAAAGCAGCAUUCGACACUCUCCUAAUCGGGCCCUAUGCACAUCCAAGAACAUUCCUGCUGACUUCCUGAUCAUUCAUAUAUGUCUGAAUGCAGAUUUCUGCCCUGCUGGACACGGAAGGACUUGAAGGAAGACACAUAAAUUCAAUCAAUUGGGUGGCUCUUCUCUGAGCGAAUCAAUGUGAAUGUAUCUGUUGUUAGUCUGUACAUGUUGCCAGGCCAAUGAGAACCCUGAGUGUGGUUGGUAAGAUCAUACCAGACACCAUUUGUGUUCAUUCAGUCGUCUCUUUUCACAUUAGAAAUGAGUGGUUGGACUUGGAAUAACUAGCAAGUCACGGCUGGUAGCUUUUGACGUUUAACUGGUCGUUCUGGACCAGCUCGAGGUCAUGAGUGCAGAUUUCCAGUGGGUGGCUGAAAAUGGGUGCAGGGAGGAAGGGAUCUGCUCAGUCAGCAGUGAUAACCGCCCUAUCAGCUCGAGUGAAACCCACACACAUGAUACACAUCCAUACACUGCUGGACAACUGGAAUUAACCUUGUCCGUGAUGAUCUAGCUCUUCCCCAUUAAGACACACACACACAUACAAUCUAAAUUUUGCACUUCACAUCUCACACACGCUCAGAAAAGACUUCUGGAUGACUCAACUCAUGCACACACGAAUUACAAAAAGGCAGCUUGGACAAAAGAUUGUCGGGUUCUUGCGAAGUCUUUUGGGAAAAACUGUGUCGAGGUGUUUAUUUUUUAUUUAUUUAACAAGACUUUUUUAAUACUUUGGAGGCAGAGUGAGGCACACAGCAGUCUGCUUUUUGGCAAGGGAGCCACAAAAUUGAUUUCACUCUGUAUACCAGAGGCGCAUUUCAAUUUCGGGUAUGAAUGCAGCCCAGCUCAAUCAUAUCUAGUCAUGAUCUGUCUGCAGCACUGGAAGUAGGAGCUGUAUCACCCCCUGCAUAAAUAUCAAAUGCUUACUGACUCAACUUGCAAACAAACAAGCGUCCUUUUUAUUUUUAACAUCCAGGGACAGGCCUUCACUUGCAAAGACAUGACCACGAUAUGAACUGGUACAAGUUUAAACAACUGGUUUGUUUUUCAGUAAACCAGGGACUCAGACAGACGAUGCAGGUCACAGCCAGAACCACUGACUUUAUAUAAACAUGGACGACAUGCCUCCUUCUCCUUCAUCGUAAGAAAAGCAAAAACACAACAGUGAUGUGUGUUGACACUUUGCACUGGAGCCAAGGCGUGCACAGAAGGGAUCUUGCUGGUGGAGCCGUGGAAAUGGCAUCAUGCAGGAUAUCUGAACAUGUUUGAUAGUUUGAUGUCAAGUAGAUCAUCUUCCAAGCAGAUCAGGGGAAGUACUCUAAACAUACCUCAUGCUGCAGGAAAAGCUAGCAAGAUAAUCCUAAGAACCAUCAAAUCAACAAUCUUCUUUUGGCUUCACUUACUUGGAGAUGUCAUGUCGUCCACCGUUAUAUAAAGCCAAUGGCUACAACACUAUCAGUGCUAUCAAAGCCACGACUUCUCUAUCCAACCAGUCGUUCUUUGUGCUUGUUGGCGUCACUGAAAGUCAAAGAUAACGGCACACAUUUCAGAUUUAAAAUGCCCGGUCCAGACGAGAAUGUCACGAGCAGGUUCGAGCAGGUUCGUGGUUCUGCUGCAAAGCCCGACUCUUCAAGUGGAAGAUAAAAUGAAGGACAGCAGUUUAAACCCGUGGGAUAAAUUUGUAUCAUCAAUGGCAGCUCUACUUGUGUGUUUCAGUAUUUAAACGGAGGGCACUCUCCUGUGAAACUGAAUGCUUGCGAAUGUGUGGGAAUGUGUUCAUAUUCUGUGCCGAUCACAAACAGCUGAGGCUUUUGGACUGAAAAAACACUGAAUGUGUUGUUGUUUUUCAUGUUGAAUCGAGACUUUGAGAAGCCAAGACAUGUGAAUAAUGAAAUGAAAGGCAGUUUAAAAUCUGGACUUGACAUAAACACACACCCCUCCUUGCGAGUUUUGCCUAGAGCUCGAAAAACUGGGAUAUCAAAUGUGAAUGUGUUUACCGGGAAAGGUUGUUUCAUGUUGUCUCCGAGGAUGCGGUUCAGUUCUGUGUCAUCUUAAUGAAUGAUUGUCAAUUCUGCUGUGCCUGUGUGUUCUUCGUCUGUUUGUAUUUGCACUCUGAAUUUUUGGAAAAAUCACUUGCAUAUCUGAUGUUUUCUGUCCGCUUGUACACUACACUUCACACGGUGACCCCUGGGUGAUGAAACACUGAUCACAAAGUCUGUAUAGUAGCUGUUUUUAGCACAAAUGUACACACUUCUACAUACAUGCUACAUAGAUCAACACACACACACUACAGACAUGCAUGCACACACACAUUCAUGCACAAGCACAUCCUCAAUCCACACAAACACUUGAAGGUACUCCCAAGUACACACACAUACUCUCACUCCGUUCUCCUUGUGUGUUUUUCACCGUUUUUCAUGCCAUCUUGUGAGAGUCAGAGAUCCAGACUGCAGCUCUCGCUCUCAGCAGAGGAAGAGAGAGGGCGGGGGGGAGCAGGAGGAGGAGGGCACGCAUUACUAUGUGUGGCACCACCUCUGUUUCCACCAGGUCUGAAUUUCAAAUCAAACGCACCCCCCUUUUUUCUACCAGCAUUCCCUCACCGUCGCAAAAAAAACCCACCACCCACCCACCCGCUCCCCCGCCACCACCUCCAUUUUCUCAGAUAUGAUCCCUUUCAACUGUCCGACUCCCCCCUCGCUCCCCUUCUCCACCUUUUUCCCUGUGUUGUCUUUCUCCUUUUCUUUCGCUGUACAAAGUGUUUCAAAUUUAUCAUUUGUAUAUUAUGACGUAUGGGUACGAUAAUGUUCUUUAUUAUGGAUAAAAAUGAGAAAGAUUUAUUUUUGUUACUGGUUUGUUUCAUAAUUCCUUUUUUAAAUUGGUAUUGUAAUAUCUCUAUGCAAGGAACUGUUCGGUGAAUCGUUUUUAUUUAAGAAUGUAAUUAUGUGUAAUAAAUGGUAGAAGCAG